AAGUCAAAAGGGCAAAAAAUUAAAGAAAGUAAAAAUUUACCAAUUUCAAUAGAACUAGAAAAUGAAAUAAUGUAUCCCUAUAUAACAAGCUCCAAUCUUUCCUUAUUUAAGAAAAAUGAAAAAGAUUUAUUAAGUAAAAAGAGCCAAUAUUCACAAAGAGUUCAAAAUGUUUCGGAAAAUUAUGGCUUAUUAAGAGUAGGAAAAUACACUUACGCAGAACACUUUGAUGAAGCAUACUAUAUAACAGCUAUUUUGAACACUCCUAUAAUCAAAAAAUUUAUGGAAGCCACUAACGCAGAAAGAAAUUAUUCUUUCGACAAACUUUCUAUUUUUUUACCGAAAUAUGAUGAGAAAAAUAAAUUAAUUUUGGCCUUGAAAAACAUAGCCUAUCAAAUAAUUGAACUGAAAAAAGAUUUCAAUCCUUCAUUAGCACAGGAAUUAAAUAAACUUUAUCUUCAAUUUUUUGCUGCCGUUGUUUUACCAACCGGCUAUCAAAAUCCUUUGAUUCAGGAUUCAAAAAUACUUAGCCCCAGCCAAAGAAAAAGGGCUUAUCGUCUCGUCAAAAAAGAGGCCUUGGAAUAUAAAAUCAUUGCCAAAAGUGCUCGGGAAGUAGAAGUCAAAAAUCCUCUUGCUGCCACCAAGGAAGCCAUGGUUGAGGCUCUGGUCGGCCUGAAAAAUAGGCCUGAUUUGUGUCUAGUGGACGGUCAAGAAAAAAUUGUUUCCGAAGGAUUUAAAAUUGUCAGUGUAGUGGGUGGCGAUCGACGGUCUAUUAAUAUUGCUGCUGCUUCGAUUAUUGCCAAAGUAACCCGCGACACCAUUAUGCAAAAACUUCACAAAAAAUAUCCUCUCUACGAUUGA